GUUUGGUGGAGCAGUUGCAGGCAGCAUUAAAAUCUACAGUUAGUCUGGAGAGAAACGUAAAGAGGUUUUUGAGAUAAUCACGUGUGAUGGAGGGUACGAGACAAGAUUCAGCCCGACCCAGUUGUGUUUCCAUGAAAAGCGACCAGUCAAUGGAUCCCGUACAUAAAUUUAAAGAAGGAGACUGUUCUACUGAUCUGAGUGUAAUGAAGGGUAAGAGACCAGAUUCACCUGAACCCAGCUGUGUCUCCAUGAAGAGCGACUGGUCAAUGAAACCUCCACUUACAUUUAAAAAUGGAGGUGAAUCUACUGAACUGAGACCACAAAAGAGGAGAUUAAAUGUUACUUACAGAAAUCAGUUGGAAUCCAUAUUUAAGGAACUGGGGCUCAAAGAUUACCCAGCAUGCUCUGAGCAAGAGGUGAAGGAUGUGGAAGAUCUGAGUAGUAUUAGAGAGGGGGCGCUAAAGAUCACAUUGAAUGUUCUGAAGAUCAGGAACCAGACAGACCUCGCUAACACCUUGCAGAGGAAACUUUUAGUCUCUGUAUAUCAGAAAAAACUCAAAUCAAACCUGAAAGAGAAAUGUAAAAUAAUUAAUCAAGGAAUCUCCCAGCAUGGAAGCUCAGCACUUCUGAAUGAGAUCUACACAGAGCUCUAUAUCACACAGGGUUGGAGUGGAGACGUCAAUAAUGAACAUGAGGUCAGACAGAUUGAAGCAACAUCCAGGAGACCAGCAGCACAGGAGAAACCCAUCAAAUGCAACGACCUUUUUAGAGACACGUCCAUCAGAACUGUGCUGACAAAAGGAAUCGCUGGAAUUGGAAAAACAGUCUCAGUGCAGAAGUUCAUUCUGGACUGGGCUGAAGGAAAAACAAAUCAGGACGUCAUCUUCAUAUUUCCACUUCCUUUUAGAGAGCUAAACUUGAUGAAGCAGGAAAACCUCAGUCUGAUGGAACUUCUUCAUCAGUUUUUCCCAGAAGUGAAAGGUCUGCCAUCAUUAGACUGUGAUGCUUAUAAAGUUUUGUUCAUCUUUGAUGGUCUGGAUGAGUGUCGACUUCCUCUAGAUUUUCAAAAUAAUGAGCGAUUGUGUAACAUAACAAAGUCAGUAAAAAUGGAUGUGCUGCUGACAAACCUCAUCAAGGGGAACCUGCUUCCCUCUGCUCAACUCUGGAUCAGCACUCGACCAGGAGCAGCCAAUCAGAUCCCUCCUGAGUGUGUAGCCCAGGUAACAGAGGUACAAGGGUUCAGUGACCCUCAGAAGGAGGAGUACUUCAGGAAGAGGAUCAGUGAUGAGAACCUGGCUAGUAAAAUAAUCUCUCACAUAAAGUCAUCAAGAAGCCUCUACAUCAUGUGUCACAUUCCAGUUUUCUGCUGGAUCUCAGCCUCUGUUCUAGAGAGAAUUCUGGAUGGAGACGAGGGGAAAGAGAUCCCCAAAACUCUGACUCAAAUGUUUACUAACUUUCUAAUCUUUCAAAUAAAACAUAAGGAAAAAAAGUACCAUGGGAAAUCUGACCCUGAUCCUCACCAGACCAGUGACACGAUACUGGCACUGGGAAAACUGGCCUUCCAACAGCUGGAGAAAGGAAACCUGAUCUUCUAUGAGGAAGAUCUGACAGAGUGUGGCAUUGAUGUCAAAAACACAUCAGUGUACUCAGGAGUCUGCACCCAAAUCUUCAAAAAAGAGGCUGGACUGCACCUGGGUCAGGUCUUCAGCUUUGUGCACCUGAGUGUUCAGGAGUUUCUGGCUGCUUUAUAUGUAUUUCUCACCUUUAUCAACAAAAACAGAAAUGUGCUGGUGAUGCAAAACACUGGAUGCUUUUACAUUUUCAGAAACUAUACAAACAUGUCUGACUUUCUGAAGAGUGCAGUAGACAAGGCUUUACAGAGUGAGAAUGGACACCUGGAUCUUUUCCUCCGCUUCCUCCUGGGUCUCUCACUAGAGUCCAAUCAGGCGCUCUUACGAGGCCUACUGCCACAAACAGGAAGUAGCUCUUACAACGAAGAGGAAACAGUCAGGUACAUCAAGGAGAAGAUCAGUGAGAAUCCCUCUCCAGAGAAAUCCAUCAAUCUGUUCCACUGUCUAAAUGAACUGAACGAUAAUUCUCUAGUGCAGGAAGUCCAAAAAUACCUGAACAAAGGUCAUGUUUAUCAUGAUGGACUCCCUCUGUCUCCUGCUCAGUGGUCGGCUCUGGUGUUUGUGUUGCUGAACUCCGAUCAGGAGCUGGAUGAGUUUAAUUUGAGUAAAUAUAAUCCAUCACAUGAAGGUCUUCUGAAGAUGCUGCCAGUGGUGAAAGAAUCGAGAAAAGCUAUGUUGUGGAAUUGUGAUCUAACAGAGAAAAGUUGUGAAGUUCUGUCCUCAGUUCUCAGUUUAAACUCCUCCAGUCUGAAACAUCUGAACCUAAAUAGGAAUAAACUGAAGGAUUCAGGAGUGAAGCUGCUCUCUGCUGGACUGGAGAAUCCACACUGUAAACUGGAGAUACUGGAAUUGUGGGAGUGUGAUCUAACAGAGAAAAGUUGUGAAGUUCUGUCAUUAGUUCUCAGUUUAAACUCCUCCAGUCUGAAACAUCUGAACCUGAGUUACAAUGAACUGAAGGAAUUAGGAGUGAAGCUGCUCUCUGCUGGACUGGAGAAUCCACACUGUAAACUGGAAAUAAUGGAGUUGUGGUUCUGUAAUCUAACAGAGAAAAGUUGUGAAGUUCUGUCCUCAGUUCUCAGUUUAAACUCCUCCAGUCUGAAACAUCUGAACCUGGGUAACAAUAACUUGAAGGAUUUAGGAGUGAAGCUGCUCUCUGCUGGACUGGAGAAUCCACACUGUAAACUGGAGAUACUGAAGUUGUGGAAGUGUAAUCUAACAGAGGAAAGUUGUGAAGUUCUGUCCUCAGUUCUCAGUUUAAACUCCUCCAGUCUGAAACAUCUGAACCUGAGUAACAAUAAACUGAAAGAUUCAGGAGUGAAGCUGCUCUUUGCUGGACUGGGGAAUCCACACUGUAAACUGGAGAUACUGGAGUUGUGGAGCUGCAGUAUUACAGAUGAAGGAUUUACUGCUCUGGCUUCAGCUCUGAAAUCAAAUCCAUCAUUACGUCUGAGAGAACUGCAACUGAGCGGCAAUAAUCCAGGAGAAUCAGAAGUAAAACUGCUCAAAGAUCUACAGGAGGAUCCACAAUGUAACCUAGAAAAACUAAGCAUCUGAUUCUAAUACAUAUUGAAUUAUGAGAUGAAGAGCAGUGAAGAUAAACACCAUCUACGCUUCACACUGGGAUUCUACAUGGUGACACUUUGUUCAGCUUCUUACUGCUCAAAUCUGUAAACAUGCUUUCUGUAUAACUUUGUGUAUGGCAUCACUUCCUGUACAAGAUCAACACUCUCAAACCCACUCUGAAGUGCUCAUGGACCUUCACCCCCUCCUUCUAUACAUCAAUAAUGAAGUAAUAAGAUUGGAGAGUCCAUCAGGUUACUGGUACCAUCUGUAUAAAUCUGAUAGACUGAACAUUGAGCACCUGGUACAGUUGAGUUACGAGCUGCAAAACAGGGUGAGGGUACAUGAGGACUGCUUAGAAAACCCUGCAUUAGCUUGAAGCAUUAGCAUGCUGUUUACUAUCUGAUAUGUAAUGAAAUAUGUUUAAAUCUACUGGAGAUGUUGAGUUUCUGCCUGUAGGGGAACAUGAGGAGGAUUACUUAAGAGACCAGAUAAUCUCCAAGGAUCUUCACUGGGAAAUUACAGACAUUAGUGUGGUCUUGAGGUCAGAACGUCUUCCUACAUAACCACAAGAUGUUUAGAGGACUGACUGAAGAAAGUCGCUUCUGUAUGAUUCUCAUCCUGGAACCUUCCAAGGGACCUUGUUAAACGGUCAGAACAGACCUAAAAAGACAUCAAACAGUAGAGGUCCUGGGUUAAGGGGUACAUAAUGCUCUCUUUUUUUGCAAGUCCAAAACAGACAACAGUUUAAUACAGGCUAUUACCCACAAUCCACUGUGAUCCUGUGAUGUUUCUCCCAGUAACCAGUGAGUUUUUGGAAUUGUAUUUAUUUGCAAAAUGAGUCAUUUUAUUUGGUAUUUAGCAGAAACUUUUAUCCAAAAUGACUUACAGUACUGUGACAGUAUACUGUCAAAACAAUUGAGGGUUAAGAAUCUUGCUCAAGAGCCCAACAGUGACAAUGUGGCAUUAAAGCAAUUAACUACAAUAAAGAUAAAAGCAAUAAACUACGAUAGAUUGAAAUGAUGAUAAACAAAGUGAUUAUUAUUAUUAAUGAUGUUAAAUAUAGAAGAUGAUGAUAAUGUAAAUAUUUUAUAAAAGGGACAGUAAGUGUAACAGUUCUGUUAAUGACUAAUAAUAAUGAUAAUAACACUAAUACAUUAUGAGUGAUAUUUUGAAUAAACCUUGUGUUCAUGUUAC